UGACUGGCUCUGUUCUCGGGCCAUCAUGGCGUCUCCCAGUGGGAAGGGAGCCCGGGCGCCAGAGGCUCCUGGCUGCGGGCCCCAGCCGCUCGCCCCGGACCUGGUGGAUUCUGUGGACGACGCAGAAGGGCUCUACGUGGCGGUCGAGCGGUGCCCGCUGUGCAACACCACUCGCCGGCGGCUGACCUGCGCCAAGUGUGUCCAGAGCGGCGAUUUCGUCUACUUCGACGGCCGCGACCGUGAAAGGUUUAUAGACAAGAAGGAAAGGUUAAGCCAGCUUAAGAGCAAGCAAGAAGAAUUUCAAAAAGAAGUGUUAAAAGCUAUGGAAGGAAAAUGGAUAACAGAUCAGUUGAGAUGGAAAAUAAUGUCCUGCAAGAUGAGAAUUGAACAGCUGAAACAAACUAUAUGUAAAGGAAAUGAAGAAAUGAAGAAAAAUUCUGAAGGCCUCCUCAAAACCAAGGAAAAGAAUCAGAAGCUUUAUACUCGAGCACAACGGCAUCAAGAGAAAAAGGAGAAGAUUCAGAGGCACAAUCGAAAACUUGGUGACCUGGUAGAAAGAAAAACCACUGACUUAAAAAGUCAUUACGAGCGUCUGGCAAACCUUCGGCGAUCUCACAUACUAGAGCUCACCUCUGUCAUUUUUCCAAUCGAGGAAGUAAAGACUGGCGUGAGAGACCCCGCAGAUGUGUCUUCAGAGAGUGACAGCGCCAUGACCUCCAGCACCGUGAGCAAGCUGGCCGAAGCCCGGAGGACGACUUACCUGUCGGGGAGAUGGGUCUGUGACGAUCACAAUGGAGACACCAGCAUUAGCAUCACAGGGCCUUGGAUUAGCCUUCCCAGCAACGGGGACUACUCUGCGUACUACAGCUGGGUGGAAGAGAAGAAAACCACGCAGGGGCCUGACAUGGAGCAUAACAACCCUGCUUACACCAUCAGUGCUGCAUUGUGCUAUGCGACUCAGCUGGUCAAUAUUUUGUCUCAUAUACUCGACGUAAAUCUUCCCAAAAAGCUGUGCAACAGUGAAUUUUGUGGGGAGAACCUCAGCAGACAGAAAUUUACUCGAGCAGUGAAGAAACUAAAUGCAAAUAUUCUUUACCUAUGCUUUUCCCAGCAUGUAAAUUUAGAUCAAUUACAACCACUGCAUACUCUCAGGAAUCUAAUGUACCUGGUCAGUCCGAACUCUGAACACCUAGGCAGGUCAGGACCCUUUGAAGUACGAGCAGACCUAGAGGAGUCCAUGGAGUUUGUGGAUCCAGGAGUUGCUGGAGAAUCAGACGAGAGUGGAGACGAGCAUGUAAGUGAUGAGGAAACUGACCUGGGCACAGACUGGGAGAACCUGCCAAGCCCCCGGUUCUGUGACAUCCCUUCCCAGCCCGUGGAGGUCUCCCAGAGCCAGAGCACCCAGGCGUCCCCACCCAUCGCAAGCAGCAGUGCCGGCGGGAUGAUCUCCUCGGCCGCGGCCUCCGUCACCUCCUGGUUUAAAGCUUACACUGGACACCGUUAAUAAGCAGGGACCAAGACACACCAGAUCUGCAUCGAGAAGGUUCUUCCUCCACUACGCCCUAGGAAAUGUUACGUGUUUAGUUAAGAUAGUGCCUGGAACAAAAAGAGGUUGUUAUACUUUUGGGUUUUUUAAAGCAGGGAAACAAGCAUUUCCCUUUGUCAAAUGGCCAACGGUGGUGACCGGGGUGCUGAUGGUAAUUAACAGGACAGAGGGGUCCCAGGUCCUUUCCAGACCAGUGUGGCCAGUUGUGUUGAGGCAGAAAUGCACUUGGGCUCCUCUGAUCACAGGCCAUGGGCCCCACAGACAUGGCUGACAUGUUGGUCCCGGUGAAGCCGAGACUUUGUUUUAGAGGUUGAAUCACGAGGAAGUGAUUCUUGAUCAUUAGGACUUGAAAGAUAGAAAACUGUUAUGAGUUUGUUUUUAUGCCAUUAUUUUCUGUACAGAGAACCACAGGCAAUUUGAAACACUUGAUUUCUUUAUGAUUUGGUCACGUUCGUUUUUUAGGUCAAGGGCUUUUGUUUUGUCUGGAAGGUGUGAUUUUUCUUGGCGGGGGAAACGUAGUUUACAAAUGAUUUCACUUGUGCUGCUGUCAUGGCCCGUCGGACAUUCCUGUUUUCUUUCUCCCCACACACCAAAGAAACCAAGAUCUUUUUUUCUUUAGGACCCACAUCUGUGAACAGAAAAAAUCCUGGCUGCAAUAAUGUCCUAGAGAUUUUAAAACAAUGUUCUUUAAAUUUUCUUACCUAGACUGUUGAAUUCCUACCAUCCACACUAUGUGUAUUUUGAAAUUGAACUUGUUUUCCAUUAGUGGCCAAUAAGUCAUUAAGGUUGUUCCCUUAUGGAAGCUAAAUGCCUGCCUGGGCACUGGUUAAAAGCCACUUAAAUGGCCUCUGGUCAUUCUUCUGGUGUCCAGUUUCUUUCUGAAGCCUUUAGUAGGUGGCAGGUUUUUCCAGGGAAAACUGCCCUGCUUGUUUGUUUCCUAGAGGUCUCUGUUGCUCUGUGGACACUACCUUUGCUUAGAUGUGCAGAGCAAUUCACUGAGGCUGAUACUGCUCUCCUCUGUCCUGGGAAAUCUCCGAUGGGAAGAAUUUUCCCUCACCAAGAGAUCAUUUUCAGCUGAUGUGUCUUCUCAUUCUCUUAGUGACAAUCUUAUAAGAAAACUGUAGAGAGGCAUUAUGUACAAAUAUGUAAGUAGUUUUUAUUUUUAAUAACUGCAGAGAAAGUCCUAUGUAACAACUACAAAAAGAAAUCCUAUGAAAAAUUCCUAACAGGCAUUAUUAUCAUAUCUUGUUAGUGUGAUUAGCAUGUUAGUACCUCAGAUGAAUCACUUGGAGGUUUGCCCUGCCCUCGCUUCUUUUCUCCUUGUAAUUAGACUUGAUACUAUGCCUCCAAAUCCGAGGUGCUAUAGCUCUUGCUAUUGGAUAGUUAGUGUUUGGUAGAAUUGCAGAAGAAGGGUGUCUACUCCUAUCCAGGAGUCCCAAGUUCCCUGACUUUAUGAAUUUUUCACUUUGGAGGAAGCAGGCUUUUCCCCUCGUGGGUUCUCACACAGCCGGUAUCAGCUUUAAGUACUCACUUCAUGACUGCUGGGUUUCAUUGUCCCGCCCAAGUCUGUAGUGUAGUUCAUAGACAGUGGCUGUGGUGGACUUGAACAAAUAAAUACCAAAUGAAUUUAAAAUCCCAGGAGAUAAGAGGGACUUAGGCACUUCAAACCCUCAGAAAGAAGAGCUUAGAUUCAAGAGUUGGAAGACUGGGAUUUGGGGCUUGUGGGUAGAGGAUGACUUAAGCUGAAAGAUGCCCGACAGUCGUGGUUUUUCCCAAGCCUCUUACGAAACCAUGAAUGUGAGAUGAAGCUGAAGAGCAAACCCAGACAUCACGGACUAGAGUAAUUCAACAAAACUCACGAGGACAUGGGAAAUGUAGGGACUGAUAGGGUAUAUUUUGUUAAUAUCAACUAGAGGCACUUUACUUAGGGUUAAAUCAAACCUUCAGUGGUUUUGAACACCAACAUACUGGCUUACACUGCUGAGAUAGUUUGGUUUUCAUUAUUUUGCACUGGAUCCACCCUGUAAAUAUUCUUAAAUAUACAUUUCAACCACUGUUUUUUCUAUUCUCUUUGCUGCUCAUUAAAAUCUUUCAUGUAGGUGCCAGAACCAUAUGUAAACAGCUUUUUAAUAAAUUGAAGCUGGUAUUUUUUUUUUAAACAAAAAGCCAUAGAACUUGGUUGUGUUUUCCAUAAUAAAAUGAUUUGUUGAAACAAGGUAAUACUAAAAAAAAUUCAUAGGCACCAAAUAGGCUGCUUAAAAUAGUCUGUUAAAGACUUUUUUUUUUGUAAUAGAAGAUAAUUAAUUAAAAGUUUUGCACAUCUGUAACUUAAGGGAGAAAACAGUGUCAGCAUUGAGUAGCGGACAGGAUUCAUUUCAGGAUUCUUGUAGUGAUGAUUUGGGGAAGAACGUUUGGUGGCAUGCUGUUAAAAGAACUACAGUGUCCAAGAAUCUCUCUGCUGGGCCAUGUUGCAGGGAGCCCCCAUUGCUCUGCAACUUCCAAACCAGUUUGAGUUAUAAAAAUGUUUUCUAAACUUUUAUUGUAUUAUUGCAAUAAAUCUUUUAACAGUACUUUGCAAAUAUGUAUGUCUUUUUCAAGCUCCGAUUACUCAUUUCUACUGAUAAACUGAGGAUAGCAAGAAUAAGAUCUAACUAUGGAGUAUUUUAUACAACUUAUAGAAUAAUUUUUUUGACAAUUUUUUUUUUUGGCCAGGUAAUAAAAAAUGCCUGUUAACUCUCUUUUUAAAAUUAUAGAUCAUGGGUGUAUUAAAACUUACGGUCCAUCUUAAGUAAGCCAAAAACCAGCUGCUUACCAGUUACUUUCUCUAAAGAUGCAUUUUUCUUUUGUAGCCAUCAUGUGAUGCUGGUGUCCAACAGUGACUUCUGUUGUCUUGCAACAGCCCUUUGAGAGAGGGGUGUGGCCUCUGGGUUGACCAUAUGGAAUCUGCCUAGACUUUCUUCAGGACAAGAAAGGGAAAUGUUAGAGGGGAUCUGUCAAACUGAAAGGAGAACAGAGCAGCUUUAGAGAAUCCCUCCCUUUUUUCCUUUUCCUUUUUGUUUUCUUUUUGUCUCCCCAAAGGUGGAUAAUCUGUACCUUUCAGGCUAGAUGAUGAUGGGGAGGAGCCACAUGCAGGUGGAUGGGGGUACUAAGAGUGGUUAUUACUGUGGGCCCUCCAAGACAACGCCGAGAAAUGCCAAGAAGCUGUUGCCGUGGUCGUCCUGCUCCUUCACCUGCAGGAGGAGACCAGCCAGCAGCAGCAGAACAGGCCAGGGAACUGAAGGGUUUCCAAACAGGGCGUGUGCCUCUCGUUGAGUCCUUCAGUCUCCCUGGGUAACAGUUAAAAACAUGCUCCUGUCUAGUGUAUGCACACAGGUUCCCAGCGCUCAGAGUUACUUCACGAUUGAUGCAGGAAUCAGGUUGAAGCAGAUGGAAGAACUAAUGAUCAGUUUGUGCUUAGUGGUUGGGAGGUCACUUGAAAAUUGCUUCAACAAAAUGGACCAGGAAAUUUGACUUUUGGGUAAGUCAUCUGAACUUCAGACAUGAAACAUUAAAUGAGAGAAAGCUAUCAACACCCCAUUCCAAGGAGAUGGUGAAAAAAUAUCCUGGAAAAGGGUUUACCAUCUGCCUAGAGUUACAUAGAUGAAGUGGAAUUUUUUUUUUAAACCAGAAACCACCAGUGGGACCAUUUUGUCUAGAAGAAAAGGGAUGGUAAAACAGCAAGGGCCACAUCAGUGACUUUUUUGUUGUGCUUUUUAUAGGAGAGAGUGAGGGGUGGGGUAGUCUGUGGUGGGGAGAAAAUCUGAUGGACAGUUUGGUCCCUUUAAAAAGUGAGAAACAGGCAGGAAGGUAUCUGACAGCAUUGGGUAAGUGUGGAAAGAUGGGCAGCAGCCAGAGGAGUGGAAGCAGCUCAGUCAUGAGGGCACUGGUACCUCCAGGUCCAUAUCAGAUUGUUCAUUAUCUCCCCCUUUGGGUGUGGCUUUUUAGCAUUUACUGUGUGACGUCAGAAGACACCUGGAUUUUGAGGAAAAGGCUCUCCUACCUUUCCCAGCAACUUAUUCCCUAAAUUUAAAACAUUAUCAGGAAAACAUUUCUAGAGUAUAAGUACAUGACUCUUGAUUUCAGAAAGAAAGUGCCACGUGGUUUGGAAGUAGUAGGUGGGAGAGACACACCGCCCAAUCCAAGGUUGAUUAACAUAGACGGGGUAUUACCUUCCAUGUUAACAACUUAAUAUAGUUGCCUUCAGAGUAGAACCACAUCUAACACCCACCCACAGGGGGAAAUACACCUUAUUUUCUGGUUGAAGGGCAUUGAUACUGGUUUAAGUUGCGAGUUCAGCUACCAUUUUGAUAGUCUUUGAGGAAAAGCGUGCUAAGAGCUGGAAAGCUCCCGCGUUGUCUCUGGUACACCAUGCCCAAGACCCAUUAGCUCCUAAAUUUCUCUGGAGCCUUGCGACUACUCAUGGUGUGGUCCCUGAUCCUGCAGCACUGGCAUCACCCGAGAGCUUGUCAGAAAUGCAGGCUCUUGGGUGCCAUCUUUGACACACUGGGUCAUAAUCAUUCCAAUAAUUCAUAUGUAUAUUAACAUUUUUAAAGCAUUGAUCUAUAGCAGUGCUGUUCAAUGUAGUUAUUUAACCCACCCAUGUCAUUGUAAACUUUCCGGUAGUCUCAUUAAAGAGGUAAAAGAAAAUGGGUAAAGUAUAUUUUUAUAUUUUAACUCGAUACCCCAAAAUAAUAUUUCACAUGUAAUCAAUAAGUAAAGUAUAAAGUUGGGGGGAAGGGGCUGCAGGAGGGUUCUAGUUGUAUUCUUGCCCUGGGCCACAAACAUACUGGGGAGGGCUUGCCUCUGUAUCUACACCCUUUAAAUAAACCCUCCUUGAAUUUG